AAGAGAACUGUAAUGUGUUUAGGAAACAAGCUGCAUGCCAGUCGGCUUGCUGACCUGUAACCAGAAGGAAUUGUUUCUCCACCAGCAGGCACAUUAUUUCAAAACGGAUACAUACAUGGAUGAAUGACAGCCAGUACAGAAAGAGGAGCGUUAUGGAGUUUGUCGAGAGAAAGAAAGCAGCUUCAACCUGCUACAAGGCUUAACAGAGGACAAAAUGUAUUCUUAUGCUUGGAUGAAUGGACAGCACCAACAAGUUGGACCCCCCUCAGAGUCUCCACAAGCUACUACUCCCCCUACCCAUGACACAAUGAGGAAUCUGCAAACAGGGGCAGUAAAUAAUUCCUGUCAUUACAGGACAGCGAAAAUGGGAGGCACCUUUCAAGAAGGAGCGUACUUGAACAGACAUAUGUCGAAUUGGCAAACCUCAGCAGCUCCUAAUCAACCAGUUUCUCCCCAGCAACCAAGUGGAGGGAACAAUGGCAGUUAUCUGAAUGUUUUACGUAGCAAUUGCCACAACUCGACUACUAUGCAAAGUGGAAACCAUUGUUUGCCGGUCACUAAUGGAUUUCAGGUCGCUACUAAUCACAAUUUUUAUCAGAACUCAAAACUUCAGACUCCGCCCAACGCGAUGUCUACAUGCCCUAAGCAAGACAAGAUGGCACACUGGAACCAAAUAGGGAUAAGAGAUGGUACAACUGCGUCUGAUGUCCAACAUUGUGGAGUCAACAAAAGACUGUAUCACCAAGUUACUGGAAAGCAGAUUAAACCCUACUCUGCACAAGUUACACCAGCUACCUCUCUGCCACAUGAAGAGGUAGUUUACACCAGCACAUUAGUGUCUCCCACUGCACACAACAGACAGACCGCUCACAACCAGAAUCACAGACAAAAUGUCACUCAACAUGGAUUCUGUCCUUCCACCCCCCUGCCAAAUUACAGUACAGCUGUCUCUCAGUCUUUAAUAAACCGCAAUAUUACAACAAACUCUUCAUCUAGUGGCCAGAUUUGGCACAGCACCGGCAUGGGUCAGAAAACUCAACAAUACUCAGCUCAACUCAAUUCACUACAUAACAAUGGGGGAGAGGCCACCUCCUCUAUUAACUCAUACUCAAAUAGCUGGUUCUUGCAAAAAAUAAAUGAACAUCUCGUAGAUCCUGCUGCUGAGCUAAGGAUUGCAAGAAUUGCAGACAAUCUACGCAAGUCCUGCACUGCUGGCUCAGAUGGUCGUUAUCAAGUGCAUAAUAAAUCAUCUUACAAAGGGAAGCAGUUUGUCGAGCUUAAUCAAACUAUGCAGCCUAUGACAUCAGUUGUUGCUAAAGGUUAUAACUCAAAUGCCACCCAGCUUUUGCCACUCCAUUCUUUGCCUAACACCACCCAGGGUGUUAUGCCAAGAGCACAGCACAUUGUAAAUGCACCACCUCAGCACAGCUCUGUACCAGAUGUCUUCUGUGUAACAACAACAGGAGACAAAAGUGGAAACGGAAGUAUGACAGGCAGUGCAUUCUUUCCUAAAAAUAGCACCGUCUCAAAAGGAAAUCUAGUUGGUUAUUCAAAUGAUGCAUCUCAGCUGAUGCUGAUGCCUGAGAGCAUUUCACCUCAGAGAACCGCGACCCAAUCAUCUGACAUAAACAACCGUGAAAUGCUUGAAAUACUUGAAAUGCUCUCAUUGGUCAAACAGAAUGACACUUCCAUUCACUCGUCUCCUGGUCGCACAGGCACGAGAGCUGUUGCGGUUGUGCAACCGUUGUCACAAGAAAGCUAUCAGGUUGCCAACAAGCAUACCUCUCCUAACAAUACCAAUCAAUUGGGUGAGUGCAUUGCAACAGAUGAAUCUUUGUGUAACGCUCAGAAAUUAUUUAAUUCACCAGCUGCAGCACAAAACAGUGAGACUGCAAAUGUAAGACAAGGAUUUCAUAUUUAUCCAGAAAACCCCAAAAAAAUGAGGUCCAACAAACAUGUAAUCAGACGUUCAGCAUCAUUCAAUGAUAGCGCUGUUGUGUCAUCUUCAGAUGACAAAGGAUCUGAAGUGGCUGCUAACAUGCAGGUAGCGCAGGGUGUUGCACUAGCUGCUCAACAUUCAGUAACUUCAGAGGUGCCAGUAAACCAAAAUGGCAAUACAGAUAACACUGGGAUGCCAACAGAUCCAAAGGCCUGUGUUUGUGACCUGUCCUCAGUCCCAACAACCCCAUGGACAAUUGCCACAUUAACCAAGUUGAUCCUGGAUGCUGAAAAAGCCCAGAUGGAGUUAGAAGAUUUUACAAAGUUUGAUUCUGCAAACAAAGUAUUAGGAAUGUUUUGGGAUGGCCACGGCAAAAAUUUGGCUUGUAAACUCGGGUCAGGCUGGUACAAGGAUUUAAUCACUGAGAUUAAAGAAUUCGGCAAAAAACAUUUAACACCAGACUGCGUCAUACUAUCACAAGUAACUCAAAGCCCUGAGAAGCAACUCAAAAGCUACUAUGUCCUCAAAGAUAAUGAAGCUUAUUCAGAACUGCCCUACAAAUCAUCAUGGUUGAAUAUUAACGAGCAGGUAGACGACAUUGAUAAAGAGUUUGGCUUUCCGUGGUCAUGGAUGCAUCGUUUUCACAUGCUUGAGAGUCUUAGCCACUCAGAUCAGGUUGGGACAGUCAACAGCAUCCCUGCACAAGUCAUAAAUAAGGUGCCAAACGAAGUCUUGUCACAAACAGAGCUUGAACCUGUGGACUCAGGUGAAGAAAAACAAGCGUCCACUGCUGAUGAUAUCUCAACCCAAACUUCUUCUCCUAGUAAGAAGGAAAGUGAUGAUUCCAGUGACCCAUACUACUCGUUUGAAAUCCAUGUUUUGCCUCCAGAAGAGGCCAAAAUAAUCUUUGGACAAAUUUCAUCAAGCCAAAGUUCUCUAACAUCAGGAACCUCAUCCACCAAUGAGUUUCCUGAUGUUACAGAGGUCACAUUGAGUGAGCCAAACCUGAAGAACGAGGUAGUCUUGCCAAUAGAACACAUUUGCUGCAUUGAUAAGUGGCUGGAAAAAUUUGGUGGGUCUGAUCAGAGUAAAUGCCGGUGCAAUGAAGAGCAAAGCAAUAAAGACUGUACUGACAAAGCCCUUGAGAAGGAAGAGAUGACUGUACCAAAGAAUGAUAAAUCGUGUGCCGUCGGGUCUAACAGUCAGUUCCACUCUCCCGUUGAAGGACAGGAUCAAGCGAAGGGUCGGGAGAACAUUGAUAAUCCAUUUCCGAUAUAUAUUUGGCCUGAUCUAUGCAAGGAUCUCAGUCUAACCACUGAAUUAAUUGCAGAUGACCACAAACCUGACUCACUUUCUGACGAAGAAGCAAAGAACAUUUCCCAGAUAAGCAUAAACGACAGCCAGUCAAGCGUUAUACUCAUAAGUGAAACCAAAGCGGAAGAUCUCUCCAGCAGUGAAAUUCCCAGCCAAAUCCCAGAUUCUGGCAAUCUGAUGUCAGACCCUGAGGAGGAGUGUUUACAAGAUCAGCUGAAAUCAGCAGGAAGUAAUCAGUCAAGUUGUUCAGACAAUGGCAAGAGAGAAAUCCAAAAGGUCUCCAACAGUGAAGCUGCGAGCCACAUGUCAGACCCUGAAGAGGAUUGUGCACAAGCUCAGCUGACUUCUACAGAUGUGGCAGAGUCAUCAUUGGAAAUGAAAAAAGGACAAACUGAAAUUAGUGCAAAGGCUUCCCUCCAGACAACUUUCAGUUUUAGUCGAAGCCAUGAAAGGGUUGAAAGAAAGAGGAAGACACUGAGCAGUAAUGAGCAGAGUUUUCCAUUCCUGAAGAAAUUAAAGAAUUACAGACCCUCUGUUAAUCUGGAUGCACAGCCUGUCCCAAAGGGUUCAACAUGUAAGAAGGGUUUUGUUGAUGCAGCUGAUAGUGAAUCUUCAGCCUCAGAUGUAAGAACUGUAGAACUGGUGCUGUUUGGCUCAUCACAUCAAGGGAAGGGCGUUUUAACUCGAGACAGAAAGCACCAUUUUUCAUCUUUAGGGUCUUUGUCUGAAGCAGUAGAGAGGCCUCCAGCCGUUCUCUUUGUGGCUCUCAAUCCCUCAAGGAGAAAGUCCAGUGUUCCCGCAUUGGAACAUUCAGUCAAACAUAGCAUUUAUGAAAAAUGGAGGAGAAGUUAUCUACCAACUAAAAUUAGGCACAGAAGGAAGCUGACAACAAAGAAGUAUACUUCUUUAUCUGGGGUGAAUCUGAAGAAAGUUGAAACAGCUGUCCCCACCAAUACUAAGGAGCUGCCAGAUGCCUCUGAAAGGAGGACCUGCAAUGGAAAUACCAAGCGCUCCCUGAGUCUGAAGAGGAGGAAAUCUUUCGCUAACAACCUUGGGGAGGAGAACAUGAUGAAUCAUGCGGUUACACUCGAACGGCCCCAUCAAGAGAGAAGUGACGCUGAAGAUGGAAGCCAUGCUGUGAUGCCUCUCGAGGAGAACAGUGUCCUGAAGUUCAGUGUGUUACCAAACACCUUCAACUUUGUAGAUGGAUCCAAAAGGAGAAAGGAAUCCACUGAUCCUGUGUCGGAUAACGCUGACUUUGUUGAGAGAAAGGACAAGAGCCCCUGUAUAACUAUCUCGAGGGCAAAAGGUACAUGGUUUGCACGUCCUGAGAAGAAGUAUUAUCCUCUACACUCACCCUCCGUCCCCAAGACCUCCAUCGUCUUCCAGGAGUUUCAGAAGAAAUACAUAGAGAAGACACAGCCAUCCACAGCCUAAUGACAUAACAAGCCGAGAGAUUUUGAGUCAAAUAUUUUUCUGCUCUCUGGGAUAUUCUUCCUUUUGUGUUUUUGUAAUGUGUAUUCAAGUAAAUUGAAGUUUUGCCAGUUUGUAUAUACACUUAUUUGCUUUAACAUUACAUUAUUUGCCUUUGUCUGUCGAGCAAGUUACUAUUGUGUGAAAUGCAUGUUCUCGUGUUUUUGCACAUAGAUUCUCAGUUGUUUACAUUGGCUGUAUAAACUCUCAAGCUAUUCACUUCAGGUACAAUUUUAACUGUCUCACAAAAACUAUUUUAGGCAAACAUAUAACUUGCAGACAACCUGUAAACUGUAUAUUUCAGCUGCAUAUUUAUAUUUUUCUACAUUAAGAAUAUUUUUGUAUCCUUGUUUUUUUUUUUUUUGCAUUUUAAACAUUGCGAUACGAAAUGUGAUCUACUUUCUAUGUACAUUGUAAAUUGCGGUUUUAUUUUUGCCAUUAAAUAUCCUAUUAAAAGAAAAUCCUUAAAUGCCUUAAUUCCUUAAAUUGUUGUUUAUCUUGGUAGGUUAAUGUGAGCUGCCUGGUUGCCAGUUCAUAACAGACAGUCAGUGCAUGUACUAGUUGGAGCUGUAUGUAUGGGAGUAAUGAAUGUGGAGGGGAAAUGACUUGGCCUAUCUAAAAAAGAAAGUCUUUGUUCUUUUUAAUGAUGCUGUGUGCAGCUAUUUGCAUUACUGGUGUGAAAAUAAAUGUGAGGUUAAAAGUCAGAAAGGCCUCACAGCUGUACAACAGUACAACAGUAACCAUAGCAACUGUAGUGUAUUAUCCACUUUAUUUUCCUUUUAUCUUAAUAGUCUAAAUUGUUGCAUGUUCCUCCUUUAUGUAUGUUUUAUCCUAAAGUUCAAGAAGGGUGUCAACUAAGAUGUUGUUGAAGGUUUCCUUGAACCAUCCAGUUUAAGUUCAAGUUCAAGAAUCUGCCUUAAGGGGUGACACUUUUUAUAUAUCUGUUUUCUGUAUAUGUUAUGAGAGACUCCGGAUAUGGGGGUCUCUGUUGACCUAAAAGGUAAAAGACCAAAGGUCACAUUUCGUAUGUAAUCAAUCUUUGGGUGAAGGCUCCUUCUAUUUGAAAGAAGGGCAAACCCCAAAGGAGGGUUGAAACGUAUAAAUAUAGGGGUUUGUGAGACAGUAGAGAGGAGAGCUCUCACAUUGGCAGAGAUGCUCCAGGAUUCAGCAUUUUUGACACUGUUUCUUUCUUGUAAAUAAACUUCUUUUUUAUUGCAAGUAAAGACAUGUCAGCGGUG